AUGAAGUUUAAACAAGCAUUGCUUGUGCAAGGCCAUGCAUGUCGCAACUUUGGCACUUUAGUUGGCCGCUUGCCGUCGCCUCCGCCAGCGACGUGCGACCGCGCGACCGACUCGAUCGCGGCGUGUGGCGCGAUGGCGGUGGGCAACAAGACUUCUAACAUCAAUCACGCGCUGUGGGUCGAAGAUCAGGACGCCAAGAAAGUCAUGCAGCAGCACGCACCGCCGGCGUUUGGUGCGAUGUCGUCGCCGCAGUUCAUUCACCAAGGGUAUCUGCACAAACGCAAUGUGUUUGGGUGGAGAAAGCACUAUUGCAUCCUUCGCGGCCGCAACAUGGAGCUGUAUCGGACCAAGUCGGCCGCGGACGACUCGCCAAAAUGCACCACGCCGCAUCGCGUGCUCCUCAUCCAGCACGUGCACACCGACUACCGUGUCGCGGAUCAGUUUGACGUCGUCCUGCAUCUUGGCAGAAAGAAAACGUUCAAGCUCGACCCAGAGCAGAUCCAACGAGGGGAAAAAGCGCAAUGGAUCCAAGCUCUGCAAACGGCCCUCCUCUGCGACAACGCGCUAGAACGGUACGGCGAAGACAUCACCAAGCAACUCAUCACGUACGCAUCCAAGCAAGUGUCCGAGUAUGGCAGCCUCCGCCUUGACGACAGCAUGUGGAAGACGCUGCGAAAGCGGUCGAUCCAUGGCGAUCUAUGGCUGCGAUUCCUUGCGCUCGUGUCCAAGGGCAUCGAGGUGACCGAGGUCGCGGUGCCGCCCGCGGUCGGACUGCGAUAUCUCUUGUGCAUGGACAUGGACCCCGCCGUGCCGCGGGAAAUCCGACUUGUGCCGAUGCUCGCCGCUGGGGACGAAGACGCUGGGAACAACGAGAACGCCGGGAUCUCGGACGACGAUCUGGACGCAGUGGAGGCUGUCCGCCGCAUUGACCUGAACAACAUGGUGUCCGUCGCUGACUGCAGCACAGGAAGUGCGGCCGACGCCGCCGUUCGACUCCGCCGAUUCACACUCACCCAUGUGGUCGACGAUGACUUGGUCGUGGAAACGUUCGAAGCGACAAGCACCGACUUGCGCAGCCGCGUGGUGUUUGGGCUCGCGCACAUCCUCAAGAGCUUCCAUGCCGCCAAGCAACAGCACAGUCCCCGACAGCUGCGUCUGCGGCGGUUGAGCACGGCAGGUGAACACGUCCAGGCCCCGUCGACGAUGCCAACGCGGCAAGAACGAGGGUCGUCGUCGCAGUCGAGCGUCGACGUGCUUGGGGCAUGCAGCCACCGCGUGGACGCUGCAAUUCGUAGCUUCAACGUAAAGCCCAAGAGCGGGAUAUCGACGGCGGCCGACCUCGGCGUCAUUGACGACGACAGUCCAUCCGCCACGGCGGCCUUUCUGCGGCAUACCAAGGGUCUGGACAAGGACAAGAUCGGCGAGUACCUCGGCGGCGACGACGCGUUCAGCAUCAGCGUGCUAUCUGCGUACGCUAUGAGUUUUCCAUGGGAAGGCAAGCCGUUCGAGGUGUGCUUGCGUGAUUUUUUGUCCAAGUUUCGCCUGCCGGGAGAAAGCCAGAAGAUCGACCGAACGAUGGAAGCGUUUGCGAGGGCCUUUCAUGCGAAGAACCCGCACAUGUUUCAGCACCACGACGCCGCGCACAUCCUGGCAUUCUCGACCAUCAUGCUCAACACGGAUCUGCACAACAAAAGCAUGAACAACAGACACCGCAUGACGAAGGCGCAAUUCGUAAGGAACAAUCGCGGCAUCGACAAAAACAAGUCGGACAUCCCACCCGCCAUUCUCGAAUCCAUCUACGACAGCAUCAAGGUCCACCCGUCCGUCGCAUCGAUCGACAGUCUCACACCCCUGUAGAAGACGCCCGUCGAGACCGUGCGCGAUCGCGAUGACAACGGCAACCUGUUCGCGAAUCCCGACAAGACGGGCUGGCUGAAGACGUACCACAUUUCCGGCAUCAAGACACGGCGGAGAUGGUUCAUCUUGACGAAUCACUGCCUCUACUUCUUCGAGCGUGAAGAGGAUAUCGAUCCCCUCGGGUUCUACGCUCUCGAGAAUGUCAAGGUCGAUGGCAUCGCUGGGACGCCGGUGGGGUUUGAACUUUGCGCGACAGCACCGAACGCAUCAGUCAAGUCAGUUCUGUAUCCCAAACAACACGCUCGUCGGGCAAAGGGUGGACUCACCAUGCGCGCGUUGCAGCGGGUGGGCUUUGCAGCCGACACCUCAGACGACGCCAAGUCGUGGAUGAAUACCCUGGAGAAGUGCAUCCUCGUCCACGAGACGAACUCGUCGCAAAUCGCGUCAACGGUGUCGGUACUUCCUGCGGCGAUGCCGAGAACACACCGACCGAGGGGGUCGAUGUCGACGUCCGUGGAAGAUGCGACGUCGUUGAUGAGUCCAUGUGAGAUUGACCAUGGGUAUUUAUGAAAAAACUGUCAUUUCUGA